AUGGUAACUAUCGUUGAUCUAUUGUCGAGAAAUGCAACGCUAACAUUUAGACAAAAGGACAAUAUCGAGAACUCGAAUUCGUACAAAGACCACGCCUUUCCCCAAAUCAAAACCAGACACAUCGAACCCUCCGUUCAAGACCACGGUGUCACAAAGGCCCGCAAAGACGCAUUGCAAACACUGGAAGUCUACCGCGCGUUUAUUCUGAUUCUUGAACUCACCCGCAUGCGCAAAUCUCGCGCUGGCUUUGCGUAUGUUGCAGGGUUCUGGGAAUGGUCGUUCAUCCGUUCAUCGGCUCGUCCCUUGGUCUACUUGGUCUCCAUCGCUCGUUCUGGAAUAGACAGGAUUUUCCGAGAGACAGUAAAAGAGCUUUAUUCUCUUUUGUGGCAGACUCAGAUCGCCAUCCUAGCCGCAGAGACGGAGGCAGAAAUUGCAACAUUGCUAAAUCAGUUCGAAGUCAACGCGGCUGUCCGCACGCACCGCAGAAGAGCACGAGCUCAGGCUCUCAUUCGAAAGUUGAGAAGCGGCAUCUUGUCCGCCUCGAUCUGGCUGUGCGACCAGCAGUUUGAGGAUCUCAAGCGCGCAGCCUUUGCCUUGGACGGGAAUUGCGAUUACCAUCCAGGCGAUCCUAAACUAGAAGCAGUAGAUCAAUUCAACAGUCGGCGACCUGAGCAGCCACUGAACACUAUGGGUUCCAUCGCAGCUGGCCGUACUAUCUUUCACACUAUAUGCUCCGCCUCAGAUUCUAACCAGGAGAUUUCAAGAAUAAUAUACUUCUAUCGGCCCCUCCGCAAUGGCGACAGAAUCAUGGGCUGGGUUGGAACCGAGCAGGGGUACAUCCCAUUGGUGGCACACGAGCCGGAAGGAAUUCCGAAUGAUGGCAUAUGA